AUGGAAGAAACAAGAACACCACAAACCGCCGUUCAGACAAUCGCGACAAUGGAAACAAUGAAAAGCCCUGAUGCGGAGAAGAAACAAGAAGACACGAAGAUGGUGUUUUGUGUUCGAAACGAUUUAAAAAUGGGGAAAGGGAAAAUAGCUGCACAAUGUGGCCACGCUACAGUUGAAUGCACGUUAAUUUCUCUUGAAAAACAACCGGAACUGUUCAGAUAUUGGCAUGAACACGAUCAAACUAAAGUGGCUUUAAGAGUCGAGUCGCUGGAAGAGUUGGAAAUGCUUGAAAAAGAAGCCAAAAAACACAAUUUGGUCUGUGCUAAAAUUAUCGACUUGGGCAGAACCCAAAUAAAGCCAAACACUGUUACAGUGCUUGGUAUAGGUCCAGACACAGUAAGUAAGAUUAACGAAGUCACACAACACCUUAAACUUCUCAACUAA